CAAUAUGGCGCCGUCGUCAUCAGUGAAAGUUGUCUGUCAGAUUUUUGUCAUCAGUCUUUAAACUGUAUUGCGGAGUGAGGCGCAUUAUGUGAGCUUUCACAUUGUAGCAAAUCCCCACAAUAAUGUAUUUCGAGAAUAUCAUGGAUCAUCGUAGUGGUUCGUGGGUGCGAAUGGCGGGAGCUGAGGUAGUGUUUGAGGUUAGGUCCGCCUCAUCCCUGGUCUGCAACAGCCUGUAUUAUUUCACUAGUUGGCGGCGUGUGGCGGUACGUCGGAAGCAGCCAUGGCGAGCGCCCUGUCGGUAGGCAACCCAUCUCGCAGGACGGGCGCGGUGGCCGCUGAGGACCGGCGGCGACAGCGAGCCGGGUGGGCAGGCAACCCAUCCUGCUUCACCUCCAGGCGAGGACCCCGCUGUGUGGUGGUGAGGAGAAGCUUCACGCAGACGACCAGCACGCCGCCGACGCCCCCCUGGCCGACAUGGACGUGAUGUCGGCCGCGCCCCACCGGCUGCACAACGACGCCCUGGGCCACCUGACGGACCACUCCGACAGCCCGGUGCACAGCCCCGCGCACAGCCCGGCGCGCAGCCCCGCGCACAGCGGCGGCCCCAGCCCCGCGCAGAGCCCCGCGCCCAGCCCCGCGCGCAGCGUGCGCAGCAGCAGCCCGCCGCUGCGCACCUCGGACGAGGACGACGAGGAGGAGCGCGAGGAGGGCGAGAUCGUGGAGGAGAGCCGCGAGCGGCGGCGGCAGGCCCGCGCCGAGGCCGAGCGCGUCCGACUGGCCAGGCUGGCGCAGGAGGCCGAGGGCAGCCGGGCGGCCGCCGUCCGCCAGCUGCAGAUGCACCAGCAGCUGCACCACCUGCAGAGCCAGCGGCAGCAGCACCCUGUCGCCAGGCUGCGCGACGACGUGGCGCCCGCGGCGCAGCUGUCGCAGCUGCUGCCCGCCGAGCUGGAGCUGCGCGGCGACGCCGGCAUCUGGGCGCGGCAGCCGCUGACCAAGGGCGCACGCUACGGCCCCUUCCUCGGCAAGUGGACCCUGGAACCCGCUGACCUGCGCUACGCCUGGGACGUGAGGGUGGCUGGCAGCGCCAUCCGCUGCUACAACGACGCGUCUGCCGAGCGCUCCAACUGGCUCAAGCUCAUCCGCUCCACCUACCGGCCCGAGGCCCGCAACGUGCGCGCCUUCCUCUGCGGCGGACAGAUCCUGUACGAGACAACUCAGGACGUCCCCGCCGGCACCGAGCUCCUCCUCGGACCCCGGGAGCCGCUCCUGCUGGACAUGCUGACCGCCGACAACGCUGCCGAGGACCGCAGCGACAGGGAAUCCGCCUCUCAGCACUCUGGCACCGGCGGCGACGACCGGGAGGACAUCGAGGAGCGCGACGACGUCGACGACGAGGACGACAGCGACACCCAUUGCGUCGUCUGCGACAAGUCGCUGCCCGACCUCGAGAAGCUCGACGAGCACCUGGUGAGCGCGCACAGCUACCGCGCCGACCAGUUCCGCUGCGGCUUCUGCCCGCGGGCCUUCUCCUGGCGCCCGGCGCUCUACCGCCACAAGGCGCUCGCCCACCCGGACGCGCGGCCGCUCAGCGACCCGGAGGCGCGCCGCUACCCCUGCGAGAACUGCUCCAAGGUCUUCUCGGACCCGUCCAACCUCCAGCGGCACAUCCGCUCGCACCACGUGGGCGCGCGGUCGCACGCCUGCUCCGAGUGCGGCAAGACCUUCGCCACCUCCUCGGGCCUCAAGCAGCACACGCACAUCCACUCGAGCGUCAAGCCCUUCCAGUGCGAGGUCUGCUUCAAGGCGUACACGCAGUUCUCCAACCUGUGCCGGCACAAGCGCAUGCACGCCGACUGCCGCAUGCAGAUCAAGUGCACGCAGUGCGGCCAGGCCUUCAGCACCGUCACCUCCCUCCACAAGCACAAGCGCUUCUGCGACUCGAGCGGCUCCCCGACCGCCACCGGCCACUCGGGCGCCUCCACCCCCGGCGCGGGCAGCGCCAUGGCGCAGCAGCAGCCGUCCCCCUUUCUGAUGUACGCCAGGGCGCCCUUCUACCCCGGCGCCUUCUACCCGGGCCUGUUCCAGUCGGCCGCCGCCGGCCACGGCCCCCAUGGUCCGCCUCCGGGGGCCGCCGGCCACGGCGCCCCCUUCCUCGGCUCCCCGCUGCAGCUGUUCGCCCAGCACCACAAGCUGCUGGAGCGGGAGCGCGAGCGGGAGCGGGAGAGGGAGCGCGCCGACUCGCCGCCGCCCCUCACCAAGGGCGGCAUCCCCUCGCCGACGGCCUCCAAGGACUGGAUGACGCCGCCGCCCGCCCCUCUGCCGCCGUCCCGCGGCCAGCAGCCCCAGAGCAGCAAGGUGUCGCCGCCCGUGGCCGAGGAGGCCGCCAACAAGGAGACGCCGUCGCCGGCGCGCCCGCUCACCAGCGCCAAGGCGUACCAGGGCGCGUACUCCGACCACCGCCACCGGGCUGCGUCUGAGGACGACGACGAGGACGACGCCCGCGAAGGGCGCGACCUGUCGAGCCGCAGCCGGAGUCCCCGGGAUGACGAUUCGGUGGGCAAGCGGUCGCGGUGCGGAGACGACGAGCACGACGAGGACGAGCAGGAGCAGGCGCUCGACCUCAGCGUCGGCUUCAAGCGACGGCGGCCCGCCUCUGCGGCGUCUGCGUCGGCCUCGGCCGACGAGGGAGACGAACGACGGCACCAGAGAAGCCCCCUAGCCCUGCGCCGGGCCUCGGCCACACCGUCCCCAAAGCUGACUGCAACCACACCGAGGACUCCCCUCAGCUCCGGCCAGGCCGACAAGGAGAUCAGUUCAACCACAGCCUCCUCGCCGACCGCCGCCUUGUCCCCACCCGCGGGCCACCCCCUCAACAACACCAUGGCCUACCCGCGGCCCAUCCACCCCAUCUUCCUGGAGGCCAUGUACCGGCCCUCGCCGCCCUUCUCUGGCUUCAACCCGCCGGGGUCCAACUCGUCGUCCGCGGCGGACCGUCUGCUGCACCCCCCACCCCCGCCCUUCGGCCCGCCACAGCACUACCCGUUCCUCGGGCCGCUGACCAACGGGCUGAACCGCCUGGCCAACGGGCUCGCCGGGAAUGCCAACCGGCCGCCAUUCGACCACCUCCUCCGCCCGCCCAUGGGCGACUUCGGGUCGGGUCGGGACGUACUAGGGGGUAGCGCCGGCAUGGGUGCGGGUGCUCCAGGACAGGCGCAGGUUCCCUCUCAAACCGGCAACAAGCUCAAGGACAGGUACUCGUGCAAGUUCUGCGGGAAGGUGUUCCCGCGGUCCGCCAACCUGACGCGCCAUCUGCGGACGCACACGGGCGAGCAGCCCUACAAGUGCAAGUUCUGCGAGCGCUCCUUCAGCAUCUCGUCUAACCUGCAGCGGCACGUCCGGAACAUCCACCACAAGGAGAAGCCCUUCAAGUGCCCGCUGUGCGCGCGCUGCUUCGGACAGCAGACCAACCUGGACCGCCACCUCAAGAAGCACGAGACGGACGACGGUUCUGUAGGCGUGGCAGAUAGUCCUGGAAGCUCAAAUGAGAAUGAGCGCGAGGACACUUACUUCGACGAGAUCCGAAGCUUUAUGGGCAAAGUGACGUACUCUGGUAACGACUCCCUUCCUCCGCACCUCUACGCCGCCACUGCCCAAGGACUAGCUCAGGGCCUUGCCCAGCAUGCAGCGCAGAGCCUGCAUAGCUUUAGGGACGAUGCGGACCGGGACAGAGAUGAGCGACGCAGUCCGCAGGACUCGCCACUUGCCAUGGUCGUUCAGAAGGCUCUGGCCUUCGACAGCCUGAGCAGCCUAGCCAAGGCAGACCUCGCCCUUAACAACAACAACGCAGAGCAAGAAGGGCUACAGGUAUCUACCUAGCUCAUCGCCAUUGUGAUAGAAUUAUUAUUCAGUGAAUGUAUGUUUAGAUUAAUUAUUAUAAACAGUCCUCUCUAUCUCCAUCUCAAUAUAGGUAUUCUGUCUUUCCUCCUAUUUCAUUUUCACUUCACCUCUUCAAAUCAUAUUUUUCUUCUUGUUUUCAUUUUACCCUCUACUUUUAAAACAGCCUAUACCACUGCAGCCUUAAUGUGUGUACAUGUACACAAUCGUCAAUAGGUAAAUUUCAGCAUUUUGUUAUUAUUGUUGUUAUUGUUGUGGUUUUUUUGUGGAAGUUUUAGAGCGCAAUAAUGCUUAUCAUGUCAAGAAAUGAUUGUAAAUUAUUGUGUUAUGUUACCUUUUUUUGUAAAAAUAAAAUUUUGUUAAGAUACCUGUAGGAUGUUCUAACACUUGCUCUUCUCUAUUUACUUAUUCAUACUUAUUGAAAUGCAUUCUUUCAGAGAAACUAUUAAAGCACAAAGCAGGAAGCAAAUUUGUACUCUUAGUCAUAACUUGUAAGUCUCUAUGAAAGCUAUUUGUUGUUUCACACAAUCAAUAAUACCAAAGAUUAUUUGCUAAGAAAAAUGUUUUAAACUAAAGUAAAAAGUUACAUCUCAAAUUUUGUUUUGGAAAUGUAAGCCAUCAUUGACAGGUGGAAAAUUUUAAACCAGCUGAUCCAAAAGAGUCUGUGCAAAUGGAGUAAUAACAUUAAUUCUCCCCCAAAACUUUGUGAGACCUCUACCUCUACUCGAAUGCUUUACAGUUUUACUUUCUCGAUUAAGAAAAGUAGGUUUUCCUUGAUAAGUUAUCAUCAAUAGACUCAUAAUUUAUUGUGAAUGCAAACACAAAAGCAGCACAUGAAGCUUAAAAUAUUAUGGCAACACAUUACAGAGUGACAUGUUCACGUGCAUCGCCAAGACUCUGUUAAAAUUUUCAUUACUAUCUAUUUAUUUUGUGAAACCCACUACGUUCACAAUGUAAAUAUGAAAUAUGCCGUACCUUUGUAAAUGUUUGUGUCAUUUUCUAUGUAAUAAAGUUGCAUAAAUUAAUAUAUAAUAAAUAUAUAUUAUGUUUGAAAAUGUUGGCAAAUAACCAUCAAGUUGACGUGGUGGAAUGGUUGUAACAUUGAAGUGAGUAUUAAAAGUUACUAUUGUAAGUGAA